GUAUUGUCUGUAAUUUUUGGCAAGAUGGCGGCUUUCUUGUGCUGACAUCGCCCCGUUGACAUUUCUUUCGAAUUUAUGUCAACAAUUCCGGCAAAUAAUCAAGUAUCAAUUCACGGAUAAUGUCUUGAAUAAUCCCAAGUGUAUUUGAAAUUAAAAAAUAAGUGAAAAUGUCUACUAGAUCACAGCUUACGAAGGAUUUAAACGAAUCGGUGAAAUCAUUGCUCGGAAAACAUGUCAAGAUCCUGCUGAAGACUGUCGUUAAAUUGGAAACUAAACCCGAUAAACUCGAGAAUCGUGUGCUGGUAUUUUCGCCAUGUCGUUUAUUCCUUUUAGCAGCAAAGGUGCCAACGAGGAUCGAUUUUCAUUUUCAUUACUUGGAAAUAACGGCAGUAGAAUCGAAAAGAUCAAAUUUAUUAUGCCUCACAGUGGGAGAAAGGGUGUACAAUUUCACAACAAUAGGGGCUGGUGCAGAUACUACCGAAGUAGAUGCAAUGAUCGAAGCUCUACAUACUGCCAUCCGAAACAUUUUCCCCACAGUUCCUCUAAAUUACGUUAUAAGGAAAAUCGACGUGAUACCAGUUAGUAGAUUGCAGAGCAUAAGAGGCAGUGAUUUGGCUAGAAGUACAGAAGCAACGAGACACACUGGUCCUUGUGGGGGAUUUUCAACUCAAUAUGCUUGCAUGUGCGAUUUACAUGCAGUGCCAUAUAGAGAUGAAGUAGCUUGGGAUGUAGAUACGAUAUAUUUAUCUCACGAUACCAGGGAAUUAAAUUUACGAGAUUUCGAUCACCUCGAUCAAAAGGAUUUAGUGCCUAUUAUCUCGGCAUUAGAAUAUAACACAUGGUUCACUAAAUUACGUGUUUCUCAUUUAAAACUAAGUCACGAGCCGUUGGAAAGAUUGCUACAUGUGUUGCGUCGAUCUCUUUCUAUUCAGGAAAUAUACUUGGACAAUUUGGGAGUGAAAUGGGAUUUUGCACACAAAUUGUCAUUAGCUUUAAUUUCAAAUGCUAACUCAAUGCUCCAUACUAUAGAUGUAUCUAAUAAUAUGAUUGAAGAUAAGGGGGCCUCUAGCUUGUGUGGGAUUAUAGCCAAGUUAAUGCAAGGAGCUUCACACUUAAAUGGACCAAUAACUAAACUGCCCAAAGGCCUGCAGAAAUUAAAUUUAUCGCACUGUGGAUUAACUGGAAAGGGCGUGGGUCAAAUCGCACACGCUCUCAGUUUAAAUAGGAGCAUGCCAACUAGUCUUCAGCACCUAAACUUCUCUGGAAAUACUUUAAAGGAUGAUAUUAAUAAUUUAUGUAACUUUUUGGCGCAGCCUAAUAGUAUAACUCACUUAGAUCUAAGUGGUACCGAUACUACUCUCGAAUGCUUGUUUGGCGCUCUGUUGCGAGGAUGCGCAACUAAUCUAGUCCACUUGAAUGUUGCUCGCAACUCAUUUUCAAGCAAAAAAACCAAAGAAAUUCCUCCUAGCUUUAAACAGUUUUUCACGGCCACUUUAUCACUCAAGUACUUAAACAUCUCUUGCUGUAAAUUGCCACUGGAAGCUUUGAAACAUCUCUUACUCGGAUUGGCAUGUAAUGAAAGUACCGUUGGAUUGGAGUUGGACAUGAGUGGAAAUAAUUUGGGAUCAAUGGGUGCUCACGUUCUUGAAUCUUGCAUUCAUGGCGUUCGUUGUAUAUCGUCCCUCGAUAUUUCAGACAGCAACAUGGAUGUUGACUUAGCUCAAGUGAUAACGGCGGUCGGGAAGAAUAAAUCCAUAAAACACUUGUAUAUGGGGCGUAAUACUGCUGGAAUGAAGAGUAAAAAUAUUGCAAUUAUUACGGAUGCUUUGGUGCAAAUGAUACAGGAAGAUGAUUGUGUAUUGCAAGCUUUACAUUUGCCGGAUUCGAGACUUAAAGGCGAUCUGUACAAUUUGAUUAAUGCUCUUGGCAGUAAUACGUGUCUUCAUACUCUUGACAUUAGCGGCAAUCAAAUUGGUGAUCCUGGUGCUAGACUUUUGGCCAAGGCUUUGCAAAUAAAUAAUCAUCUUAAGGUCAUCAUUUACGACAGGAAUAAUAUCGGCCUCCAAGGAUAUUCAGACAUAGUUCAUGCUUUAGAAAAUAACUAUAGCGUGAGACACAUGCCCUUUCCGAUUUUCGAUCUGCAGCCGUGUAUGAAAGCAUCAGCGGAAAAAACGGAACAACUCGUGAGAAAAAUUCAAGAUCUUCUGCAGAGAAAUGUGACACCAUGCAAAUACAGUCACGGUCAGGCAUUUAGACUGCAACAGGGAUUUUUAUUGAGUUCUACUCAACAAAUGGUUGACAGACUUGUCGUUCAGACGCAGGAUACUAUCAAGGCUUUAGCGGCAGAAAGCUGUGAUGCUAAUAAUGACAUUAAUUACGCGACUGGUCUCAUACAGGACGCUGAUAAUUCCAAACAGCUUCUACCAAGAUUGCACGAAAUGCUCCAAAGAAAAGACGAGAAUAAUCCCAUUGAAAUAAAACUCAUACAAAUGGCUGACGAAAUUCAUAAAGUUGUUUCCGUUUAUUUGAAGGAUUCCCUGGAUGCAAUGCUCAAGUGUGCUAAUGAACAGUGUCCGACUAUUCUUUCGCAAACUGUGAUAAAAGACGAAGAAAGUGAUCCAAUCACUGUCGAAUGCGAUCUUCGCGCUUCGUGCAAAGAAAGGAAUCAAGUCAAUCAUGAAUUUAUUCAAAGAACAAUCACCGAACAAGCUGGCGCUGAUAUUCUUAAUAAAGUAAAUGAACUUAACUUAGCUGUAGCUGCCCAUGUUUCCGAUCGAGUUACUGACGAAGUUAUCGAAUCACUUUCAAGAAGUUACAAAAAUUUGAUUGGAGAUUCGGAAUGUAGAACAAGAAGUAGCACUCCAGAUGUUUUGCGACCAAGUGCAGGAUCGAUGAGCAGUGGAAGUGUAAUUGGCGUCGCAGUCGGAACUCAGUCAUUGAGUAUUGGUAGAUCAAGUCUCGUUUCAGAAGAAGAAAGCACGCCUGAGAAUUAUUCAUUAACGAGCACAUUAGGUCCAUGCGUGACCGAUCCUUCACCUAUGAAAUUGGAUUACCUGAAUCUUGCCACUCCUCACUUGUCGAAUAAACGCAAAAGUCUGCACGGAAGAAAAUUGAGGCCUAAAUCAGUUGUGGAUUCUGUGGAGGGUCUCUCCGCUGAUGAUAUUCCAGACUUACUUCCUUCUCUGCCAAAGGGUCAAACUGAAGGAAUAUCGGAAAACGAACAUUCCUUGACGGAGUCUUUAGAUUCAGUUUCUGAGUUGCCAAAUACUGUCGGACAGCAAUUACAACACCUCGUGAAAUCGAGACCGAAGAGAGCAAAAACGAGAGCACCUUCUAGACCAAUGUUGAGACCUGAUCAACAACCGAAUGGACUCACUCUAGGCGAAGGUCUCGAUGUUUUCUUCCGACCCACGACACCCACUACACCUCUUAUAUCACCGACAAGCGAUGACAGCUCCCUGCACACUUUUCCAAUCGAAGGCAGUCCGAAUUUAUCGAUCAACAGCCAGAAGAGUAAUCCGCCAAUGCUGAAGACUCUUCUUGAGCCAACACCACGUUCGAGAUCCAGUGAUAAUUUGGAGAAAUUCUCGCCCUUAAUUGGCAGGAGAUCUCAGGGCGAUUCGCCAUUGACAUCAUCGCCUUUGGCACGACGAAUGACUAAUGAGAGUUCGCACGAGAAAACAUUGCACGAGGAGGGAAUGCCAGAAUCAUUGCAAAGAAAUACUUUGCCAAUUGUUGGUUCAAGUUUAACAUCGCGACCCGCUUUAAAGGAGACGAGCACCGAGGAAACUAGUGCCACUUUUGGUGCGACGCUUAUAAAGCGAGCAGACUCGGAAAAAACCGGUCAAGUCUCUUCCGUUAAAUUACGAUCGACUGGUUUUGAUUCGACUUCGAAGGAUUACAACGAUACAUCUAAAUCGCCAGUUUUAAAAUCAAUAGCCAAAGGUAAUGGUUCAAUUGGGAAAACAACUCCACCGAUUACAGCGCCGAAACCACGACCUUGGAGCAUGGCGGCCGAUCGAAAAUCAGGGGAAUUUAAUUUACUCAGCGAUGGAUCGAGUCCGAAUACUUCAGCGGGAAAUACUCCGGAUUCAGGAGACGCAUUGGAUGAGUCAACGGACAGUGGAGUGAGCGGUCCAGCGUCUUUGCCACCCACGUUAUCGGGAAGUAGCACAAUUACUGUUCGAGAAAACUCGAGUGUCGAGAAAAGAUCUGUGAGAGAAUUAGCGGCUAGUUUGACCAAAACAAAGAUGGAUAAAAAGGAGAACGAAAUUACCGCACCCGCAGCAUGGAGGUCGGUGCUUCGUCGUUCUGUCAAACCAGCAUCGAAUAAGGCAACGGAAGUUCCGAAAACGGCUGAAGUGCCGCAGAUCGCCGUUAAAUUGCGGCGCACUUCGUUUUUGCGCGAUUCGAACUUCAAUUAUGAUAAUGAUGUUGUUGACGUUUGAGUUUCGUUUAAACAAUUUAGAAACGAUUGUGCCAAUCCUGCGAUAUUAUAUUGUGUCAGGAAAUUUAAUUUUUUUAAAUCUUUACGAACCGUAGGAACAAACUACAUUCCAUUAAUUGCAACGAUGCAGCUUAGAAAAAAAAGAUUAGCUACUCAGUUUAUAUUUACAUAUAAACUGCUGUAUUUAUAUUAAUUUUUCCUUUUGACGAGAACUUUCGUACUUAAUGGAGGAAAAUGUGAACUUGUUUUCGAAUAUUCUUUAAAUUGAAACGAAGAAAUAUCUUUUUUUUUCGCGUAAAGAAACAGAAUUUUGAGGGAAAAAUAUAAGUGACAAAAAUGCAUGUGAAUUUUAGCCACAAGACUGUUUCUUAUUUUAAAUCGUGUUUUUUAUAGACAAUUUUGUUUUUUUUUAAUCGAAGUAAUAUUUUUUUAAAGCUAAUUUUCCUUUAAUUGGAAUAGUCUUCCUUUUUUUCGCUAUUUGAUGGGAAAAAAAUUCUAUGAAUCUUAAGAAAAUAUUAACGGAAAAUGAAAAAAAAUUCUUGCAAUUUAAAAUUGAAUAAUUACAAUUUAGAAAUGGAAAAUUUUUGAUCGAAAACUUUAUUUUCGAACUUCCAAGCCUAACGUUUAAGGAAAAGCAGAAAUUUUCCAAAAAUUAAGACAAUUCUGCUUAUAAAAAUUGCAUAUUCCAGUACCUAUAUUAUAAUAUAUAAUGAAUUACAUUUCCCUUAAGAGAAAGAAAAAUAUUUAUAUUCUUUCGAUGAAAUUAAGCCUGCUAAAACGAAUUGAAGAAAUAUUGUAAUAGCAGAUUGUAUUUAAAAUUAAGACAAAACUAUAGUUGUCCGAGUCAUAGUUUAUAUUUUAAUUAGUAAUUUAAUGUAAAUUUUAUGGGAUAUUCCUGGGAUGAUAUGUACAUUAUAUUGUGAUUUGUUGGUUUUUUAAUAGCGAAUGAAUGAGUGUAAAUAUUUUAUUUUAUGUAAACUGAGAAACUGUUUAUUAUAAUACUAAAAAAAAAUCUGAAAAGUCAGAUUGAUUAUAAAUUAUAAUCAUCAAAUUUAUAUAUAUAUAUAUACACAUUU